GCGGGGCUUCAAAACGGGCAUGUGGGGAAAGGGGGGAGGAUGCGUUAUAGGCAGUCGUCCCCCUCCACAUGCCCCUUCCCCCUCCCCUCCCACCAACGGGCGAACAGCUGUGUGUUGUCUGCUUGUUUUUUGACGUUUCUGCAAGUGAUCAUCAGCAAAUUCAUGUUUAGUCAAGAAAUUUUUUGAACGAUUACGCAUUGUUGUAAUAUCACUGUGGAUAUUGAUAAACGCAUUUUUACACCAAUAAUGAAUAUUUUCAGUUGAUUAAGUUGGGGAACAGUUUUCGAAAUGUCGGGGUGGCUUGACAUGCUCGCCCCCACUGCGGGGGGCAUCCUGAGGUCAAUCCUCAAUUCUGACCCUAACCCCAACAAAGUCUUGGAAGUGAGACAGGACCGCUACAGCCACCGUGUUGUAAGGUGUAGAGAAGAUGGCAUCGUCCUGUUCGGACCGACAGACAAUAAAUUUGAGAUUGUGAUGAACCGCCCGACAACUGAGUCCAUGAACAAGGCAUUCAGCUUGUUUCGGUCAGACAAUUUAGAAAGUGCUGAAAAUAAGUUUAUUCAGCUGAAGGACAAAAUUCCAGUGAUUGCAGAUGUUGCUAAAGAGACAUGUUACCCAGCAAUGCUACAAAAAAUGUGUGAUGUGAUGGAGCUAAACCCUGGAUGGAGUGUUGCCCAUCUGGCAGCAUAUUUUGACUUACAUGCUGCAUUUAAUUCUGAAAAAAUCUCAGUGUUUAUGAACUCCUCAGACCCCAACACUGGUGUCUCACCACUGCUUGUAGCCAUUCAGGCUCAAAAUCUUCUUUCUAUCAAAGUGCUUGUUUCAAAAAAUGCCUCUCUGGAACAUUUGGACCAUGAGGCAAACUCUGUCUUCCACUAUGCAGCCAGCACUAACAAAGAUGUCAUUUCUGCUUUGGCACCAACGGAUCGGAUAAAAUGUUUAAAUUACCGUAACUCUAAAGGCCACACACCUCUCCAUAUGGCUUGUUUAGCAGACAAACCAGAAUGUGUGAAAGCUCUCUUGUUGGCCGGUGCUGAUUGCAAUAUCUCAGCUGACACUGGAAAUUUACUGGAUUCCCAUAGAACUUCCAGACAAGCUGGCAAUGUAGGAAACUUUAUGGAGGAGAAUUCUCACAAACUCUAUGCGCAAGAUAUGAAGUAUGGUGGCACACCAUUACAUUGGUCAUGUUCUAGACAAGUUAUAGAUUCUUUGCUAGACAUGAAUUGUCACAUAAACGCCCUCAACUUUGAUGGAAGAUCAGCUUUACAUAUCAUGGUACUGAGGAACAGACUGGAAUGUGUGAUGGCACUUUUGUGUCGUGGAGCAGACAUGAACAUUGGUGAUAGUGAUGGCAACACUCCUCUUCAUUUAGCUGUUCUAAAUCUCAAUGUGCCAAUAAUUCAAGCAUUAAUUGUUUUUGGUGCAGAUCUCCAGUACAAAAACCACAGUGGAGCAACAGCAAGACAUAUAAUACCUGCUGAUGGCUCAGCUGAGGCAAAUAAAAUGCUCUACAUUCUUCAUGCAGUUGGAGCUGAGCGAUGUACCAAAGACACUCAAGGCUGCUCUGCAGGAUGUGCUUAUGAUGGGACCUUAAAUGGUACACCACCUCCUUCACCCCCUGGAGGUUGCACUAGAGAUGCUCUGGAUCAAAUGCUGUCAACUUAUGCAAUGGAUUUGGCGUCACACAGUAGUGGAAGUAGGAAGAGAAAACGUUGUCACGCAUUGUGUCUAGAUGGUGGAGGUAUCAGAGGACUUCUUCUCAUUGUCAUGCUUAUGGAUUUAGAGAGAGCUGUCGGGAAACCUAUUUUGCACUGCUUUGACUGGGUGUCGGGCACUUCUACUGGUGGCAUUCUUGCAUUAGGUUUAGCUGUAGGAAAGUCAUUACAUGAGUGUCUUUGUUUAUAUUUUCGAAUGAAAGAUAUCACAUUUGUUGGCAAACGGCCUUAUGCCAAUGAACCGCUUGAGCAACUGCUGAGAGAGUGUUAUGGUCCUGACACUGUCAUGGCUGAUGUUAGUCAUCCAAAAUUAGUAAUUACAGGUUUACUAGCUGAUAGGAAGCCUGUGGACCUACACAUUUUUAGAAAUUACACCUCUCCCAGUGAAAUUUUAGGAAAGGAUGAAUAUGCAAAUUGUAAAUUUGUGAAGCCAACUCAUUUUCAGGAGCAGUUGAUGUGGAGGGCUGCUCGAGCUUCUGGUGCUGCCCCAACAUAUUUCAGUGCCUUUGGUCGAUUUCUAGAUGGUGGACUGAUUGCAAAUAAUCCUACUUUAGACUGCUUAACAGAAAUUCAUGAGUAUAAUUUGGCUAUGAAAGCAAUGGAUCCUCAGUACGAAAUGGUACCCACUACCUUAGUAGUGUCUCUAGGAACCGGAGAAAUUCCUGUCACCGAGCUCAAAGAAAUUGAUGUUACUAGACCAGACAGCUUUUUGGGUGCCACUAAAUUGGUGUUUGGGAUUGCCCAAUUGGGCACUCUCAUAAUUGAUCAAGCUACACAGAGCUCAGGACGAGUGGUAGAUAGAGCACGUUCAUGGUGUUCAAUGAUAGGUGUUCCGUAUUACCGCUUUUCACCCAAAAUGAGUGAAGAGAUUGACAUCAAUGAAAGAAAUGACGAGAAGCUAGUUAACAUGGUGUGGGAAUGUCAAGCUUAUAUGUACGACCAACGCAGCGUUGUCAAUGAAUUAGCUUCCCUGCUCAAAGGCUAAGAGAAUGCUUUGUUAAUGAAAUAAGAGUUGAUAAUAAUUGGAAUGUUAUAAUUUAAGGGCAGUUUUGUUUUUCUAAGCAUUUAGCUGUAGUCCCAAGAAAUUAAUGUUGUUCAAUUUUUAAUAAAGUAUAUGUGGCUCAUCUCUAUCCAUUCCUAUUGUAUUUUUAACAAUUAAUGGAAAUAAAUACAAAACAUGUGCUCUAAGCACAAGAAAAGUG